AUGACGGCUAACGUUCAUCGAGAAGCUUUUUUGAAAAGAUUUGUGAUGGAAUGCAAGGCGAACUCUGCAAAAAUGGCGAAACUGCUGGGUAUAUUUUUUUUCGGUACUUUUUCUUCAAAUUAUUUUCAGAAGAAGAAGAGAGUGAGUUGAGCAAACUGAAAACUCAGACUAAAGCUAAUGAGUCCCGAUUGAUCGCAGGUAAUUCAAAGUUUUUAAAAGUGAUUUUAUGGUAAUUUAGCGAGAGAAGAAAAGGCGAGGGCGAUCGAAAAGAAUAAAAUGCUGGCGCUUGAGAAAAAAUCGGCUGAUCGGGAGCUAAGUGAGAAGAAGGAGUUUUAUAAGAAGUCUGUUUUGGAUUUUUUCAAAGUUUAGGUUUUUCAGUACCUUCAGAAUUUUUUAUGAUGUUUUAAAAUGUGCAUUUUUUAUAACGAGAACUACACCUAAAUUUUCCACAUUUUCCUACUUUUUUGAAAAAUUGAAAUUCAAGAACAUACGAAAAUCAAUUGUUAUCGUUUUUUCAAGGUCAACAGCUAAAGUCAACCAGCUCUACGCUGAAAUUGCACGAAUCGAUGAAGAAAUCAAGAAAUUGAUUGAAAAAGAUACGGAGACCAUUUCGGACGAUUUUUGUCAAGUCCAAGCGUCCAUCAUCGGCAAAAUGAAACAAAUGGUAAGUGAAUAAAGUUCAAAUUUGAAUUUUUCGUGGAUUUCAGACGAUAACUCGUCGCAACACUGAAGUCGACGGUCUCAACACCACGCUCAGUGAACUUUCUCGUACAGGUUUGUAAUUAAUUAAAGGAAAAUAAUAAUGCUGUUUCAGAUAGAAACUAGAAGUUAUUAAGAACUUGCUGUGUGCUAAGUGAUCUUAAUGUAGAAAUUCCUUAUUUAAAAAAAAAAUUAAACAAUUCUGGAUGAGAAAGGGGAAAAAGGGCCAAUUUAUGAUUUUUUUCCCACAAUUUUACUCAUUAAAAUUUUUCUACUCUUACAAAAAUAUUUUACAUUAAAGCUUUUAAUUAGAAUAGAAUUUGGAAUAUUGGCCAGAAAAUUCUUUUUUUGAAAGAAGUAUAUGACAGGAAGUAGCUUUUCUACUUGGUGCCGUGUUAAAUUCAAAUAAUUUUCCGAAAAAUACUGAAUUUUGUUCAAAGAAAAGGGCGAUCAAAAGCUUACAAGACUUAGAAACCCCAGAGUGUCCUCUAAAGGGGCAAUUUUAGGGGUCCUUAAAGGCUAAAGUCUCUAGAUAACUUUAACUCUCUAUAGGGACCACUUAAGCUUCAGGGGCCUUCAAGUCGAAUCUAAACCCCUUUAGGGGCCACUUGGAUUCUACUCUUCUAGACAGACUUGAAGGUUUUCCUUUUCCUGUAGUACCUCAUUGCCUCCCAUAUAAGGGCAGUAAAAUAUGGCCACUCUAGGGACCGCUUGAGUUUUUGGGCUCAGAUGAGAGACUCUGAACCCCUAAAGGGAUCACCUAAGUUUAGCCCUCUAGGGGGGCACCAUUUUGUUCCUUGUAGGGGCGAUUUUUCACCCUAACCCCUCUAGGGACUUCUCUGGCGUUUCUAAAGAUGACGUUUUUUUUUCACUGGCCGUGAGCCUUUGAAUUUUUUUGUAGAGGAAAAGCUCUUGAAAUCGAUCGCGGAUUUGGAGACGAAAAUCCACGAAAAAGACGAUUUCCUCGCCGCCACGCUUGGUGUCAGUUACGUUGAACGCAAUGUCCUUUUGUAUGUCUUUUUUUUCAAAAAGUCAAAAGAAAAGGAAAUUUUUUCCAGCUAUUCUUUGCGCCACGCGACUUCUCUCAUCCGUUCCGAGUAUCAGAAAAUGAAACUGGUCGAACAAAGUCUGCGCACGAAACUCAAUUGCUCCGACUGA